AGGGAGGGGGGCCAGUCAGGCGGAUCGGUGGAUGCAGACCAGGGUCUGAAUUCUGCGUUUCAAGCUGGAAUUGGAAUCUCUGCCGCGAUGUUAAUGGAUAUUCAGGCUCGAAUCGGAACCAUAAUCGCACCUCAUAGCUUUUUCUCGAGAAACAAACAGAAAUCAUCUUCGUCGCCAUCGUCGUCGUCAUCUUCUUCUUCUUCUGUUUACAACUGCUCGCCGGUGGUACCGCUGUGCUUGGGGAGGAGGCCUAAAGAUCCACCAAAAGACGACGAUAACGAUGAUCAGACACGGGAUAAGUUCUCAACCGAUUGGGACAAGGCUUGGUCCAAGUUCAGAAAGCGCGGGAAAAAGACCAUCUUCUCCGAUUUCUCUCCAGACAAAUACGUAAGCUGGAACCCGCGGAGGUCGGAAUACCCAUUGUCUGAGGAAGUAGAUCCCAUCAAAAGAACAGAGAGGUCAAACCUGAUGCUGUGGACUAGUCCAAGGUUUACUCUUGCAGGUGCAAUUGUAAUAGUCACAUUCUUGUUGGUUUAUACCAUUCUUGCACCAAUUAAUAAGUGAUUUUUGCUGGAGUCUUAAACUUUCUGGUCCUAACUAGCUUCUUCUGAUAAUGUUGAUGAUCGUAAAAACGGAUUCAGUUGAGGAAGGUGUGAAAAUUUGUGUGAAAAUUCAAUGGAAUCUUGGGUUUCUGUUAUGCA